CAGGAAAUGCCUAGCCCGGCUGCUGCUCUUGCAGAUGCAGAGGGGACCAGAGGCAGUUGCAGCGCAGUGAGCUCUUCUCCCUAACAGGCACCGUGUGAACGACCGAGCUAGCCCAGGGGAUCUGCUCUGCUGCCCCCCGGCCCUGUCCUCCUUCACGGGCUAUCCUUGCCACUGCAGCCAUGGGCUCCCAGUCCCUCCGUAGCAGAAGCCCAGGUGUCGCUGUCCCAUGCGGGAUUCUGACAGCUCUGCUUCACCUCUGUGCAUCUUUCAAUGUUGAUGUCAAAAAUGCAAUGACGUUCAGUGGCUCUGUGGAGGACAUGUUUGGGUAUACGGUUCAACAGUAUGAAAAUGAGGAAGGAAAAUGGGUACUUAUUGGUUCUCCAUUAGUUGGCCAACCCAAGAAGAGAACAGGAGAUGUCUACAAAUGCCCUGUAGGGAAGGACAAAUCACCUUGCAUAAAACUGAACCUACCAGCUAACACUUCAGUUCCUAACAUCGUGGAAGUAAAAGAGAACAUGACUCUUGGAACAACUUUGGUGACUAACCCAAAAGGAGGCUUUCUGGCUUGUGGGCCACUCUACGCUUACCAAUGUGGACAUUUGCAUUACACAACUGGCAUCUGUUCUAACGUCAGUUCCACAUUUGAAGUUGUAAAUGCCAUUGCACCAUCUGUACAAGAAUGUAAGACCCAACUGGAUAUUGUCAUAGUUCUUGAUGGUUCUAAUAGUAUUUACCCAUGGCAGAGUGUCACAGAAUUUUUAAACCGCCUUCUGGAAAAAAUGAACAUAGGCCCUCAACAAACACAGGUUGGAAUUGUUCAAUAUGGGCAAGAAGUAGUCCAUGAAUUUAACCUCAGUACUUACACGACAACAAAUGAUGUACUGAAUGUAUCCAAGGCGAUAAAGCAAAGAGGUGGAGCACAAACUAUGACAGCCCUUGGAAUAGAUACAGCAAGGAAAGAGGCAUUCACUGAGGAUCGUGGUGCACGAAGAGGAGUAAAGAAAGUAAUGGUUAUUGUGACUGACGGGGAAUCGCACGACAACUACAAAUUAGCAAACGUGAUUGAGCACUGUGAACGUGAAAACAUUCAGAGAUUUUCUAUAGCCAUUCUUGGUAGCUACAGCAGAGGAAAUUUAAGUACAGAGAAAUUUGUAGAGGAAAUAAAAUCAAUUGCAAGUGAACCUACUGAAAAGCAUUUCUUCAAUGUCUCAGAUGAAUUAGCUCUUCUUAAUAUUGUUGAAGCACUUGGAGAGAGAAUAUUUGCCCUAGAAGCUACAACAGACCAGCUGGCAGCUUCGUUUGAAAUGGAAAUGUCUCAAGCUGGCUUCAGUGCUCAUUAUUCCCAGGACUGGAUCAUGCUUGGAGCAGUUGGAGCAUAUGACUGGAAUGGGACAGUAGUCAUGCAAAAAAACAGCAUGGUUUUAAUGCCAAGAAAUGAUACAUUUCGUGACAAGUCUUCAGAAAGAAACGAACAUCUUGCAGCUUAUCUAGGAUACACUGUAAAUUCAGCAUCGACACCUGAAGAUGUGCUAUACAUUGCUGGGCAACCUCGCUAUAAUCACACAGGCCAAGUUAUCAUUUACAAAAUAGUAGGAGAAGAUGUAAAAAUACUACAGCGGUUAAAUGGAGAACAAAUUGGGUCAUACUUUGGGAGUGUUAUUACUACAAUUGACAUCAAUAAAGACUCAUUUACAGACAUUCUGCUAGUUGGAGCUCCUAUGUACAUGGGAACUGAAAAAGAGGAACAAGGAAAAGUGUAUGUGUAUUCUUUGAACAAGACAACAUUUGAAUAUCAGAUGAGCCUUGAACCUAUGAAGCAAACUUGCUGUUCAUUGUUAAAGCACAGCUCCUGCAAAAAUCACAAGAAUGAACCUUGUGGUGCGCGCUUUGGGACUGCAAUUGCUCCAGUAAAGGACCUCAACCUUGAUGGGUUUAAUGACAUUGUAAUAGGAGCUCCUUUAGAGGAUGAUCACCGAGGAGCUGUGUACAUAUAUCAUGGCAAUGGCAGUAGUAUAAGGAAAGAAUAUGCCCAGCGUAUUCCAUCAGGUGGAGAUGGGGAAAAAGUGAAAUUUUUUGGUCAGUCUAUACAUGGAGAAAUGGAUUUAAAUGGUGAUGGUCUAACGGAUGUCACCAUUGGAGGACUUGGUGGUGCUGCCCUCUUCUGGUCUCGUGAUGUAGCUGAAGUAAAUGUUUCCAUGAAUUUCACACCCAAUACAAUCAAUAUCCAAAAGAAAAACUGUAAUAUGGAUAAAAAAGAAACAGUAUGCAUAAAUGCCACAAUUUGUUUUGAAGUCAGACUAAAGUCUAAAGAAGAUACAAUAUAUGAAACCAGUAUACAGUAUUGGGCUACACUUGAUUCACAAAGACAGAUACCUCGAAGCUUGUUCAUGGAAAGUCAAGAAAGGAAGAUACAAAAAAAUAUCACUGUCAAAGGGUCAGAAUGUAUUAAACAUAACUUCUACGUGUUGGACAAGCCUGAUUUUCAGGACUCUGUAAAGGUUUUGUUGGAGUUCAAUUUUUCCGACCCAGAGAAUGGUCCCGUUCUCGAUAGCAACCAGCCGAAUGCAGUGUGUAAAUAUAUUCCUCUCACAAAAGACUGUGGAAUCAAGAAUAAAUGUAUUACAGAUCUGGUUCUGAUUAUAACAGCUGGAGACAGUCCCUCUCCAUUCAUCAUAAAGUCAAGCAAUGAUAAGUUCAACGUGUUACUGUCUGUCAGGAAUAAAAAAGACAGUGCCUAUAAUACCAGAGUCUUAGUACAGUACUCUCCAAACAUUAUUUUUUCUGGAAUUGAGGGUAUACAGAAAGAUAGUUGUGAAUCCAAGCACAAUAUUACCUGUAAAGUGGGAUACCCUUUCCUAAAGUCUGGAGAAGAGAUUUCUUUCAAAAUAGUAUUCCAAUUCAAUGCUUCUUAUCUUCUGGAAAAUGCUACUGUUCAGGUGUAUGUAACAAGUGAUAGCGAAGAACCACUUGAGACCCUGACUGACAAUGGAGGAGACAUUACAAUCCCAGUAAAAUAUGAAAUAGGAUUAAAAUUUUUCAGUAAUUUCAAAGAUCCCAAAGAAUGCCAUAUUAUAAUUGCAGCAAAUGAUACAGUUUCUGCUUAUAUUAAUACAACUGAGAACACUGGGGAUGAAGUUAACAUAAACUAUACGAUUGAAAAAGGUGAACCCUUUCCAGUGCCACAACUCACUCUGCAGAUUUCAUUCCCCAACUUGACUUCAUCCAAAAACCCCAUUCUCUACCUAACUGGAUUGUCAUCUUCAGAUAAUGCAGUCUGCCAAAUCAGUCACCCCAUAAAUCCAUUCAACUCUGGGAUGCAGUUUGAGCUGGCAAAAAAAAAAGAAUUUACAAAAGAUACAGUUAUGGACUCUGCUACAUACAACUAUGCAUCCAUUAAUUGUACUCUGGCCCCAUCUGAUAUAACUCAAGUGAACAUUUCAUUACGAUUAUGGAAACCUACCUUUAUAAAAGCAAGUAUUCACAGUUUAAAUUUCACUGUAAGAGCAUUACUUCAGAGUGAAAACUCAUUGCUGAUUUUGAGAGGAACCAAUCAAAAAGAAGAGAUCAUGGUUAUAAUUUCAAAAGAACUUCACCCUGGCACCAUCCCUUUAUGGGUCAUUUUACUGAGUGCCUUUGCUGGACUCUUGAUUCUUGCACUUCUUAUAUUUGCAUUGUGGAAGGUUGGAUUUUUCAAAAGGCCACUAAAGAAGAAAAUGGAGAAAUAAAGAAUUCUACCAAAGGAGAAUAUGUUGCAAUUAAACAAUGAUCUGUUCUCAGGUGGGUGAACUAGAGGCUGCCUUUCAAUGUGAGAGCAAGCGAAACACAAACCCACCACCUUCAGGAUGAUUAUCAACUGCCUCAACCACUCAGCCACCACACCUCUACUAGAGCCUUACUAUAGACUUUAAAAAAAGAUGUGUCUUGGAAAAUAGUUCAAGCAGGGCACCAUAUGAACAAAACAUGGCCAUAAGUGGUGGCAGGGGGAGAGAGACCAAAGGAGAGAGCACCACUGUUUAUUAUACCACUUAACAGUAAUAACUAUUGAAAUUUUGCACACCUUUUAAGAGAGGGAAUCGUAAAAAAAAUCCUGUUAAAUUCUGCAUGUUUGCUUUUCUUCUAUAAAAUUGUUCCAUAUAAUUUUAUCAAUAAAUAAUAACAAUGUUUCCA